AUGCCCGCAGUCUCUGGUCAUCUCCUGUAUUAUGCCCGCAGUCUCUGGUCAUCUCCUGUAGUAUGUCCGCAGUCUCUGCGGACACUGUACAGGAGAUGACCAGAGACUGCGGGGACACAGUACAGGGGAUGACCAGAGACUGCAGUACAGGGGACACAGUACAGGGGAUGACCAGAGACUGCGGGCACAGUACAGGAGAGGACCAGAGACUGCGGGCACAGUACAGGAGAGGACCAGAGACUGCGGGCACAGUACAGGAGAGGACCAGAGACUGCGGGCACAGUACAGGAGAGGACCAGAGACUGCGGGCACAGUACAGGAGAGGACCAGAGACUGCGGGCACAGUACAGGAGAGGACCAGAGACUGCGGGCACAGUACAGGAGAGGACCAGAGACUGCGGGCACAGUACAGGAGAGGACCAGAGACUGCGGGCACAGUACAGGAGAGGACCAGAGAUGACCAGAGACUGCGGGCAUACUACAGGAGAUGAUCACCAGAGACUGCGGACAUAGUACAGGAGAUGACCAGAGACUGCAGACAUAGUACAGGAGAUGGUUAGAGACUGUGGAUAUAGUACAGGAGAUGGUUAGAGACUGCGGACAUAGUACAGGAGAUGACCAGAGACUGCAGACA